AAAAAGCCCAAGCUUUUUGAAGAAGCUUGGGAGCCUAGAGAUUCCUUCUUGCUCUAUUUACAACAGCGGGUAGAGAGAGAAGAGGGGAAGGGCGUCUCUUUUGCUCAUCGUUAUCCCGUCUCAAUCUGGCCCCUUGCUUUCCUUUCUUUCCUUCUCCCAAGCCGGGGGCGGAAACCCUAACAUAUUCCUAUCGGCAGCGCCGAAAUCCCCAAAUCAUUGGCAUUUUGUUGCGGGAAUCGCACGCCAGAUCGCCGUGCGGUGGCCCGAUCCGUCGCUGUCCCGCGGAUGAGUGCUGGUGCUGGUGGCGCUGGGGGUUUGGAGAUUGUCUGUCUCCCACAUUUUCGUCUCUGUCUGGUUUUUAGUUGGAUAUCUUGUUGGCAUCGGAGGAUUUGGUGGAGAUCGGGAUGGUAGUGGUUCUGAUCUGAUGCUUCGAGUGUUGUUUGCUGGGAUUGGGGCGAGAUGUCGUCUGCUCCGGCCUCGGCGCCGCCGUUUGAGCGCCGUCGAGCCGUAGCAUCCAACACAGUGUUUAAGAGUGGACCGCUCUUCAUAUCAUCUAAAGGAAUUGGUUGGAAAUCAUGGAAGAAGCGUUGGUUCAUUCUUACGCGCACAUCUUUGGUUUUCUUCAAAAAUGAUCCUAGUGCACUACCACAAAGAGGUGGUGAAGUAAAUCUUACUUUAGGGGGUAUCGACCUAAAUAAUUCUGGGAGUGUGGUGGUUAGGGAAGAUAAAAAGUUGCUGACUGUUUUAUUUCCUGAUGGACGUGAUGGGCGUGCAUUCACCCUUAAGGCAGAGACAUCAGAAGAUUUAUUUGAAUGGAAAAUGGCACUAGAACAUGCUCUUGCCCAAGCUCCAAAUGCUGCCCUUGUGAUGGGACACAAUGGAAUAUUUCGUAAUGACAACACGGACACAUAUGAAGGGUCUAUCCAACAUUGGAGAGAUAAGCGCCCGAUCAAGUCAUUGGUUGUUGGUAGACCAAUUUUGCUUGCACUUGAAGACAUUGAUGGGGGGCCUUCCUUCUUAGAAAAGGCUUUGCGCUUUCUUGAGAAGCAUGGAACGAAAGUUGAAGGAAUCUUGCGACAGUCAGCUGAUGUAGAAGAAGUUGAUCGAAGAGUUCAAGAAUAUGAGCAAGGGAGGACCGAGUUUGCAGAAGACGAGGAUGCCCAUGUUGUCGGUGACUGUGUAAAGCAUGUUCUUCGGGAGCUACCAUCAUCUCCGGUUCCUGCAUCCUGUUGUACUGCAUUGCUGGAAGCUUACAGACUUGAAGGCAAGGAAGCUCGCAUUAAUGCUAUGCGUUCCGCAAUAUCUGAGACAUUUCCAGAACCAAAUCGACGGUUGCUGCAGAGGAUUUUAAAAAUGAUGCACACGAUAGCUUCUCAUACUGCGGAGAAUCGGAUGACUCCAUCUGCUGUUGCUGCGUGCAUGGCACCACUAUUAUUGCGCCCACUUUUGGCUGGUGAAUGUGAGAUGGAUGAUGACUUUGAUAUGAAUGGUGAUAAUUCUGCUCAGCUUCUGGCUGCAGCAAAUGCUGCUAACAAUGCUCAGGCCAUUAUCACAACUCUCUUAGAGGAGUACGAGAAUAUAUUUGAUGAUGAUAAUUUACACCAGUGCUCUCCGUCACAUGAUUCCCAGAUUGAAGACAGUGGCAGUGAGGAGUCAACAGAAGAUGGAAAUGCUGAUGUCAAAGAUAAUGGAUAUCAUGAUGCAGAAAAUGAUGUAGAUCCAGAAGUGGAUGAUGAUCCUGAACGUGUACUUAGUGGAAAACUGAGUGAAAGCAGUGGAUAUGCUGGCAGUGACCUUUAUGACUACAAGGUCUUUGCUGGUGAUGAUUCAGAUGCUGAGUCUCCUAGAGAUAAUCAGGCUUCAGCAACAAAUAUAGAGUUAACUAGAGGCUCCCAAUCCGAACUUAAUGAGCAUGGUUCAGCGGAUAAAACUAUCAAUAACUCGAUGACUGAGAAGGAUACCUCUAAUGUCUUACCUACCCAUGAGUCUCCUCUAUCAAUGGGAGAGAUUCUGUCAUCCUUUGAACCAGGAAUGUCUUUUCCAGCUCAUGUAGCUGAAUAUUGUUUGGAGAGGCAUCCAAGCAAACCGAAUGGAUCACACACACAAAUGAAGCGAACUAAUUUUUGGGGACGCAAUAAUGCCAGAAAGAAUCAAUCAGUGGAGGCAGUUGAUUCGUCCGGUGAAGAAGAGCUUGCUAUUCAAAGGCUUGAGAUCACAAAGAAUGACCUCCGGAUGAGGAUUGCAAAAGAGGCCAAAGGAAAUGCUAUUCUACAGGCAAGUCUGGAAAGAAGAAAACAGGCUUUGCAUGAGCGCCGCUUAGCUCUGGAACAAGAUGUCUCGAGGUUGCAAGAGCAAUUACAAGCUGAGAGGGACCUUAGAGCUGCUCUGGAGGUUGGCUUGAGCAUGUCUUCUGGACAGUUGUGUAGCUCACGUGCCAUGGAUUCUAAGACAAGGGCAGAACUUGAGGAGAUUGCCCUUGCUGAGGCUGAUGUUGCCAGGUUAAAACAGAAAGUUGCAGAACUCCAUCUUCAACUUAAUCAACAACGUCAAAAUCACUAUGGAUCUCUCUCUGAUGCAUGUGAUCGCUAUCAGCACCUUCCAGCCCAUCUUACACAACAAAAGAUUGUUCAGCAAGAUUUUGAUAUGAGCCUUGCUUUCUGCAACCAUGAGAGGAAACAGAUAAACGAGGAGAGCUCAUCUGGAACAGAUUGGAGGAACAUUAAGCCUCAAGUGCCACCUCAUGCUAGUUCCAACAAGCUUUCUCGUAAACUUUCCUUGGAGACAGGUGUAAUCGAAUUAAAAGGUAUGGAAGCAUCAACAAGCAUGUCAUCAGAAAGCAUGGCUGCCAUUGCUAAUGAUACUCCCAGAACAACCGAGGGUAUGGAAUCUCAGAGGCCACCUCCGGUGGCAUCUUCUACUUUGGUGGAACUGACAGCUCGUCUUGACUUCUUCAAAGAACGGAGAUCCCAACUCAUGGAACAAUUGCAUAGCCUUGAUUUGAGCCAUGGAGCGCCCCCACAUGGAUUAGCAUACAAAUCCUCCUCUCCUUGGAACAGUCCAAGCUGAGAGAAACAUGUAAACCACUUGUACAUCCUCUAUUCGAGUCAUCUGUAUGUUUCGCAAUUUCGUUUUUGAUUAUGUUGUAUGAAUGGACACUUCUGGCAAAGUUGUUUUAUCUUGUAGAGAGUAGAAGAGACCAGUGUGAAAUUUUGGCUCCUGGUUUUCACUUGUGUCAUUUUGCCCUUGUAAACUGGAGAGAUUAUAUCAGCUGUAUUUAAUCAGUUAAAACCCCAAUUUUAAACUCCUGCAC